AUGGCCAACGGCCAGUCUCAACCUAAUCCCCCAUCGGAAGCCAAAUUUCCAGACUCUCGGCCCAACUCAUCCUCUCCGCAAGUUAACUCUUUUGACAAUACUGGGAUAUCCAACCGGGAUAUAUUUGAAUCCCCACCGGAUGAGCCUCUUGACAUUGCACAGCUAGGUUUUGAAGGGAGCCCCUUUUUGGGUUUCGACCUUGACGUGGAUUUUGACCCACGUGAGGAUUUGAUUGGGGAUCUCCCUGGGCCUUCACCAAAUGGUGACGAUAUCGAACAGGGGGAAAAGAGGAAAAGCAUUGACGGGAAUGAGGAGGCGGAGGUUGGAAAGAAACGAAGAGAGACCGAUGACAAAAUGGCUAAGAAGCCUGGCCGAAAGCCGUUGACGUCGGAGCCAACUACCAAACGUAAGGCGCAAAAUCGAGCGGCUCAACGAGCUUUCCGGGAACGAAAAGAGAAACAUCUCAAGGAUCUCGAAACAAAGGUGGAAGAGCUGGAAAAGAUUUCCCAGUCGACGAAUACUGAAAAUAAACUUCUUCGUGCUCAAGUUGAAAGGCUCCAGGGCGAAGUGAAGGAGUAUCGCAAACGUCUGCCAUGGGUAAACGGUGGAACCAGUUUGCUGCCGACGACGAGCUCUAGAAUGCGUGGUUCGGAAUAUAGAGAUAAUUCCCUUCUCAAUGGCAAUGACUUCUCCUUCCAAUUCCCCAAAUUUGGCGAUCUCCCUGGUUCUCACAUGUUUGGCGAUGGUUUACCAAAGGCGCCAUCCCAUCAAGCCAAGCGUGGAAGCGCAUCUCCGACCAUUCUUGGAUAUGAUUACAGGACACCCGCAACUAGUGUAAACUCAUUCAAAAGCGCAAACGUCGCAUCACAACCGCAAAAUUUUAACCUUAGAAAUACCCCUCAAUUUGUGCGAACGCCCGAUAAAUUACGGCAGUUCCAACGCUUCAAAUUCCGCCUCUCCCUCCGCCUCUUCAGAAUCUCAGCAUCUCUCAUCUAUAGGUACAUCGCCAGAACCCAGUAUCAUAACAAUCAUAACAACAACGCCAAUAACAGCAGUAACAACAACAUCAACUUCCCAGGAGAUGGCCUGUUAGGGAUCGACUGGCUCGCCCAACAAAAUGGCGGCCAAUUUGACCCUGUCUUGUUCGGUGACUACCGCGAUCCCCAAGACGCGGUUCUCUCACAAGACUUUGGAAAUUUCUUCAACGACGCGCUGCCGUUUCCCGAGUUUGGAGGUUCACUGGAUUCACUCAAUGAGCUGAGCAACGGUAAUGCCACAACCACCUUGGCACCCACAACGCCGCAGAAACAUGACCUGCUCAAACAAAUCGAUAACGUUGUCGAGGGGAAGGAUGAUGAGAAGGUUGUGCCAGCAGAGGACCCCUCGCAGGUGUUAUCUUGCACAAAGAUAUGGGACCGGUUACAAUCGAUGGAGAAAUUCCGCAACGGCGAGAUUGACGUGGAUAGCUUGUGCAGUGAAUUGCGGACAAAAGCGCGCUGUUCGGAGGGUGGUGUUGUGGUUAAGCAGGAUGAUGUGGAGGCUAUCAUCUCUCGCGCGGAGUAG